GGCCGGAGACCUGAACCUAGUAAAGUCGACCCUCGCACUCCCACACCUCACUGAAUCUGACUUCUCCCUGCCAAUGACGCCUCGAGCCCUCUGGCUCGAUCGCGCUGCUUCCAUUUCUAUCGCCCCAACCCUCCCGUCGGCAUCAGCAGUGAGGUGUCGGCAGUCUCGGCUGGUUGCGAUGCAGGCUUCGCCGGCAUCUGCCAUCGAAGCCCGUAAUCUGUACUUCUCGCUGUCGAACAAGCAGCGGAAGUUGGUUCCGAUUCUGAAGAAUUGUUCGAUCCGGGUUCCUCCCGGGCAGCUUUGGAUGCUUCUCGGUCCCAAUGGCUGUGGCAAGUCCACCCUCCUGAAGGUGUUGGCAGGAUUUCUAAGGCCUGAUGAUGGAAUUGUCAGUGUAAAAAAGCCAAACAGUUUUGUGUUUCAGAAUCCUGAUCACCAGGUGGUCAUGCCAACAGUGGAAGCAGAUAUUGCGUUUGGUCUUGGCAAGUUUAAUCUAACUUCAUCUGAAGUUAGAUUGAGAGUCUCGAACGCUUUAGAAGCUGUUGGCUUGCAAAGUUAUUCACAAAGGCCAAUUCAAACCCUCAGUGGAGGACAGAAACAACGAGUUGCUAUUGCAGAUGUUUACCAGGCAGGAGUUGUGGAGGCAGUCAAGAAUUCCGUUUCUAGUCCAGAAGUCGCUGCACUAUGGGUAACACACCGUUUGGAAGAACUCAAAUAUGCAGACGGUGCUAUUUAUAUGGAAGAUGGAAAAAUAGUGAUGCAUGGGGAUGUUCCCUCGGUUUCUAACUUUAUAAAAGAGAAACAGGCCAGAUAUAGACAGUAUCUCAACAUCUAGCUGCUUCACUGUAAUGUUCUUAGCAUUUUAUAGUUUCCAGGGCAUGGAAUCUCUUCAUUUCAUAUGUUUUGUUUCAUCUUAUUCAAUCUAUUAAUUAUGAGAUUGCUCUGCCUUCAACACUUGGAACUUUUACGAUUCUGUUUGAGAUUAAACAUGUUGAUUAGAGCUGCCUAGCUGGUCACUCUUGAUAGA